UCCAAAUAUUUUUUCCAUAUUUUUUAUUACUUUUCCAAUACAAAUUUCCAGUUGAGAUAAGCAGCUAAGCCAACAAACCGUAAACAAUGAUUAAAAGCUGUCCGGCGAAUGCAUUUCUGGACAAAGUAGUAAAGUUCCUUGACGUACAACGUUCGCUAUUCCCAACCUGCGCAUCUACAACAAUUUUUGGUAGGUAUAAAUCACAAUUUCUUAAAAUGUCCACACCAAUGUUGCUUGUACACGGUGGAGCGGGUGGCAUUAGUGAUGCGCGCAUACUUGGCAAGGCAAAUGGUAUGAAAUUGGCUUUGAAAGCAGGUUUGCCACUACUAAUACCCUCGGAGGAAUCAGGCGGUAUAGCGGUGGGUUCUGCGUUAGAUGCCGUCGAAGCAGCUGUGCGUGCAAUGGAAGAAGAUGAAAAUUUCAAUGCUGGUUAUGGGGCUUGUCUAAAUAGUGAUGGCAAUGUUGAAGUUGAAGCCAGUAUUAUGGAAGGUUCACAGCUACGUGCUGGUUGCGUAACCUUACUUCAUGAUAUCAAAUAUCCCAUCACAGUGGCACGCCAUGUUAUGGAGAAAACUAAUCACACAUUCUUGGGCGGUGCAAGUGCACAAAAAUUUGCUUUACAAAAUGGUGCUGUGCAAUUGCCUCAAGGUUCUCUGGUAACACCGAGUGCUUGUGAAGCUCUGACACAAUUUAAACAGCAACAAUCGGAAGGAAAAGAUACAACUUAUGCACCAACAGAGCUGGAUAAUACGAUCAAAGAACGGCCGGGUGAGCCUGGCACAGUAGGUGCUGUGGCAAUAGACGCAAAAGGCAAUAUUGCUGUUGCUACAUCAACAGGCGGCAUAACCGGCAAGGUGCCUGGCCGUAUAGGCGAUACACCAUUGCUGGGAUGUGGCACUUAUGCGGAUAAUAAAUGGGGCGGUGUUUCUACAACGGGUCAUGGUGAAACAAUAAUGCGUUUCAAUUUGGCACAAAAAAUUUUAGCUAACAUCAGAUAUUGCAAUAUGUCGGCACAAGAGGCCACCGAAGUGGCUUGUAAAGAGAUGACUGAACGGUUAGGUGGUACUGGUGGUGCCAUAACUAUUGGACCAAAGGGUGAUAUUGGCAUUUCGUGGACCUCAAAGCGUAUGGCCUGGGCAUAUGUGCGAGAUAAUGAGUUUAUUUACGGCAUAGAUCAUGGAAAAGUGUUGAAGGAGCCAUUUUAGUUGCGGCAGAAGCGUGUGAAACAACGUUAUGGAGAGAAUGGAAAGUGCUUAAAAAUUUUAAAUACUUACAUAUAUACAUAUGCAUAUCAUACACAAGCAAUAAAGACUUUAAAGAAGACUGAAAAAAAA